AGAGAAUCGCUAGGACAAAAUACUGAGUUUUUUUAAAAAUGGACAGAAAUUGUUUUCUCGUUUAAUUUUAUCAAAUCUGAUGUGAUUUUCAAUAAAAUAUGCUGGCAUUUGUGUCAAUAAUUCACUGGAGCAUUGAAUAAUGCUCGGAUAUUGACGGUAGCGCUAAGUUUUUGUUAGUUUUUACCAUGAAAAAGUGAAUUGUUAUUGGUAACGAGUAAAACGAAAAAAAUGACUUAACAUGUAGGAAUGACAUUUUUGCUACAUUGUCAAUUUACAAGUGGAAAAAAUAGGAAAACGAAAUCGAAAAUAAAAAAAAACUUUGAUUUUAAAAAUGGUUGUGUGACCAAUCAGUGUAAGUUAAAAGCAAUAAAUUUUAAUCGGAUAGUAAAACUAAACGUAGCAAAUAUUCGCAAGGACAUUCGAGAAAAACAAAGUGAUUCUUUGCCAAGAACAAUGAUUAUUUAAAAACCAAUCACAGUGGAGAGCUGUCUGUUUUCAUUCGCGAUUUUCAAUUUUACAAUUUAUUGAAUUGAUGGCCGAGAUGAUUAUAGACUGCAUUGAUAUCAAAUGAAAUGCAAUAAAGAUUUCAUUUUACAACAGAAUUAAUUUAAAGUUUUGAAAAUUUAUUUUGUCUUUGAAGUGCGAGUCAUUGAUUAUUUUUCUCUUUUAUUUAUUUUGUAGAAAGUGCCGUCCGUUAGAUUGAUUUUUACAACGUUUUAUCGACUCGGAGAAAGUGUACAGAUGGUGUGAUAAUUUAAGUAGUCAUCUUUGUAAUUUAAAUAUACACAAAACAAAAACCAAAUUAUAGAUAGCAAACAGAAACACAUAAUGAUGAAGUGCUUAGUGUUCAAACUCUUUUGCUCAAUAAAAUCUCGAUCAAAAGAAACAUGGAUGAUCUAAUGAUUCGAAAGACAUCAUCAUUGUUGCUGCAAAUUAUUUUUUAUUGUGAUAUCAAAUCGGUUCGAGGUGUGCUAGCUUCAUUUGCACUCCUGGCAUAAGAAACACCAAUCAAUAAAAUAACAUUAUAUUUCAAAGGGAUAAGUUUCAGCCGUUCUGCAUCAAAAUGAAUCCAGAUCGGAAUAACACAACCGACAAGGCAAACAUAAACAAAGCGAAUCGAAUUCGAGGCCGUCCAAAAUCAUCUUAUUCUGCCCGUGCACUGGUAUUUGAAGAUUCUGAUACAGAGUGCCAAUCGAUAAAAUUGCAUGAAGCAACCUCACCAGCAACGAGCAGCGCUUUACCAAAAUCUACUGUGCAAAUAAAUAAAUUGCCGUUGCAUCCUCAACGGAGUAUUGAGAUGGCAACAGAUCCGUCGAAAAGUUCCAAUUCUUUAGGGAAAGUAGCAACAAAAUCAGAUACAGUCUCAGAAAAGAAUGCAGCUGAAGUAGAUUUAGCUUCAAAUUCAGUACCGCAUAGGUCGCUAAAAACGUACCGAGUGGGCGAACACAAUGCAAUGCAUCAUAGGAAAUCUUAUCACACUCAGCACUCGCAUUCGUUACGUUCGAAUGAAAUAUCAAACAUGGUCAAAGUAAGGCAUUCAACAUUGGGCAAAUCGGCUCCAUCUCUUUCAGCAAAUAUGAAGGAGCAUGGACCAUCGAAAAGGUCAGUUCAGUUUCCAUCACGUAGUGCAGCUGUGGCAAUACACAGGCUAAGUUUGGUGGGUAACAAUACAUCGCCCAGAUCGCAUUCACCUAUGUCGGCUAGUCCAAUUGAUAGUCCUCGUAUCAGCUCUCCAUCCAUUAUGCAUUUUCCAUUUGUGCCGAUCAAACGAAUAACCAGCUGUCGUGGAGAUGGGCGACGUUGGUCGGUCGCUUCACUGCCAUCAAGUGGUUAUGGUACAACUCCGGGCAGCUCUAAUUUAUCGUCACAAUGCUCGAGCCAAGAACGUUUGCACCAGUUGCCACACAUGCCCACCAGUGAUGAACUGCGAAUACUCACACACCAUUUUUCAAGCAAUGAUAGCAAUUCCGACCAUCAUCAGCACCACAGUUUACCGGUUCAUUUACAUUUACAUCAACCGGCACAUUCGCAUCCACAUCUACAUCAUCAUUCACCGCUACCACAUCACCAUCAACCGCAACCGUCACCAUUGUCUCAGCCGAAUAAUAGCAAUCGCAGUCCCGGAAAUAGCAGCAACAAUAGUGGCAAAGAAGAUUCGGGUGGUAGUUCCAGUGGACGGCGGUCGCCAUUUCAUCGUCCUAGAUCUCGUAGUUUAUCGAGUCCUAGCCGAUCGCCAAUUAUCGAUAAUGAAAUUUCUGUGAUGAACACUCUGUAUAAGGAAAGAUUCCCGAAAGCAACUCAACAAAUGGAAGAACGUUUAACUCAUUUUAUCAGUGAAAACGACAAUGCGACAAUGGGUAAUUCCAGGGAUUCGCAGCCGAUUGUACGGUUCGUUUUGCACCAAGUCCUUGAAAUGGCACGCGAUUGUUUGCAUAAAUCUCAUGCGAAACUCAUUACAAGUCGAUAUUUCUACGAAAUGUCAGAGAAUUUGGAACGACUGCUUUGUGAAACAAAAGAAAAAUCACCGGAAGCGGCUACGGAACUAACCGGCACAAUAAAGAAACUAUUAUUGAUCAUAUCACGUCCAGCUCGUCUACUGGAAUGUCUUGAAUUCGAUCCGGAAGAAUUCUAUCAUUUGCUUGAAGCCGCUGAAGGACAGGCGAAGUCAAUGCAAGGUAUAAAGGCUGACAUACCGCAGUAUAUAAUUCAUAAGUUGGGAUUGAAUCGGGAUCCUAUUGCUGAACUAACACAAGAAAUACAGGAAUCCUGUGGAUACGAUAAGGAGAAUACAGAAAAAGUCAAUGAAGUCGCCCCGGUCGAACUUCUAACUGAGUCACAAAUUGGCAAUACAAGCAAGAGCAAUACAACAGUUUCAAUUGAAACUACGCCUGAAAAAUCUUCAUCGUCAAAUCAGCCGGACACACCGAUAUCGUUGGCCACAUCAACGCCGAAAUACGAAAAGUCUGUAUCAAUGGACGAUCAACUGGAAAUUAAUCAACAAAAUCAACAGCCACCGAGCGAAGAAGACUUUGAAGUCGCUAAAUUAAUAUCGAAUGGUGCUUAUGGUGCAGUGUACCUUGUUAAACACAAAACGACUCGACAACGAUUCGCUAUGAAGAAAAUCAACAAAAACAAUUUGAUAUUGAGAAAUCAAGUGGAGCAGGUGUUCGCCGAACGGGAUAUUUUAAGUUUUGUCGAAAAUCCAUUUGUCGUUAGCAUGUGCUGUAGCUUCGAAACGAAAAAGCACUUGUGCUUGGUGAUGGAAUACGUCGAAGGCGGCGAUUGUGCAAAUUUACUUAAAAACAUCGGACCUCUACCAUUCGAUAUGGCCCGAUUCUAUUUCGCAGAGACAGUACUUGCUGUCGAAUAUUUGCACAGUUAUGGCAUCGUUCAUCGUGACUUAAAACCGGACAAUUUAUUGAUUACGGCUCUGGGACACAUCAAGUUAACAGAUUUUGGUCUGUCGAAGAUGGGAUUGAUGAGUCUGGCUACAAAUUUGUACGAAGGCUAUAUUGACAGCGAAACGAGACAAUUUUCCGAUAAGCAAGUGUAUGGCACUCCAGAGUAUAUAGCACCGGAGGUAAUAUUACGACAAGGCUAUGGCAAACCGGUCGAUUGGUGGUCGAUGGGAAUUAUUUUGUACGAGUUUUUGAUUGGUUGUGUUCCGUUUUUCGGGGAUACUCCGGAGGAACUAUUUGCACACACGGUCAAUGACGACAUCGAAUGGCCCGAUACGGAAGAUUGGAGCAUUGCACCCGACGCCAAAGAGCUAAUAACUAUGCUCUUGCAACAGAAUCCUCGGGAUCGUCUUGGAAUUGGUGGUGCACAUGAGGUGAAGGAGCAUGUCUAUUUCGAUGCAGUCGAUUGGAAUUCGUUACUUCGUCAGAAAGCCGAAUUUGUGCCACAAUUAUCUAACGACGAUGACACCAGUUAUUUCGACACUCGAAUGGAUCGCUACAAUCACGAUCUGGGCGGUGAGGACACGGAUGAAACCGAAGAUUCACCGUUGAUCGGCUCAUUCAGCUCGUACUCUCCACAAUAUCGACGUCAAAAUUCAUCGCGUUUCCCGAAUCAGUUUGGAGAUAAUGCCGGCGCAGCAAUGAGUCCGAAUCUCAGUUCGCAUGAUGUCAAAUUGCUUACCAGACCGGAGCUCAGAAAACUGGAUAUACCAACCAACUUCAAAAUGCCAUCCACUCCGGAUACUGAAUCGUUCCCUGAUUUGAAUACUCCCGAUAGAGACGACAUCAAAUCGUUUCAACAAUAUCUCAAACAACAACAAUCUCAGCCACUUGCUAGCAAACUAUCUACGAUUGACAACAGAAAGCUCGUCGAUUUACAUCAGAUAUCGUCGUUAGCUUCUCGCAAAACGUUUAGCACACCGGAAUCGUCUCAAACCGAUAGCGAUGAUGUGUCGCCACAAAUUCAGCGCAAGCGGAAAACUGGUCACAGAGACAUACUACCGAGAUUCUCGAUAUCCGUGGAAGACGAGCAUACCGGCUUUGAUGUCGCUCCAUCAUCAGACUCUCCUCCAACAAGCUUGAAACACCGCUCUCGUUCUGUAGUAAAAAGUGCAUCGGCUCUGGGAUUGUCUUUGAUGAUUUCCUCAGAAGAACCAGUUCCGCACACAUCCACAGGUUACAUUAGUAACUACAACGUUCAAUCUCCAGUUGGAGCAUGUGGUGGCGGAUCAAGCACAGCCAGUUCGCGUGACACGUCUCCUUGCCGAGAAUUGUCUCCGUUAAUAAGCAAUUUGAAACCACCGCUCAUAAUUCGACGCGGGCCCAGAGGAUUUGGAUUUACAAUACAUACGAUUCGAGUGUAUUAUGGCAACACUGACUUUUAUACCAUGCAUCAUCUCGUCAUGGUUGUUGAUGAAGGAAGUCCUGCGUUCGAGGCUGGACUGAGACCAUUAGAUUUAAUCACUCAUGUUAAUGGAGAAGCAGUGCAGGGAUUAUAUCACACACAAGUGCUGCAGCUGUUGCUUAGCGGAGCUGAACAUGUAACAUUACGAGCGACACCAUUGGAAUAUACCACUAUUAAAAGUGGUGGCCGGAAAAGGGAGCCGUUACAAAGUAAAUUAGCACGGAAGGGUGUCAAUCGACAGAAAAAGCAACGCAAGGACAACGAUAAGAAACGAAAGACGUCAUUGUUCCGAAGAAUCAGCACCAAACGUGCCAGUGCUGAAAUGCAACAAUUAGCUGCAGCAUCCGGAUUAUCAUCGCCAACAAUGGUUACACCAAGUCGGUCUUUUCAAUCCUUCACCCGAGACUCGAAUCCAACUGUCAGUCAAGUAGGGAAUCAAUUGAACCGUUUGAGUCUAUCACCACUGGACACUUUUAAUCUUCAAUCUGCAUCCACCUCUCAGUCAUCAUCGCCAUCUUCGUCUGCACCAAAUACUCCAACUGGAAGUGGUAGCGCACAAUUAUAUCAACGUCCAUCAACGCUACAUGGUCUGAAACACAAACUUCACACGUCAGGAGUUUCCAGCAGCAAGGGAUCACAUACAUCAACCACAAAUUCCGGUCCAAAUCGUCGCAAAUCUGUGGGACAUAUACCAUUAUAUCCAAUAUCACCGCUUGCACGCACACCGUCACCUUCGCCACUUCCAUCUUCUCCAACACGUUCACCGUCACCGUUAGCUUUUCCCGUUGGCCAUCAACCUGGAUCGUCCAACACAACGCAGUCAUACAGUCCUGGCGUUCUGCCGAGUGGUCAAUCAACAAUAAAUGUUGGAGGAGUGUCAAAGAAAAGCUUUGCUCGUCCGAAGAGUGCCGAACCCAGCUCGCCGUUGCUGCGACGUGCAUUGUCACCUGAUCGGUUACAUCCACGUAGUGCUGAAAAUAAAUCCAUAUCACCUUUAUGCACGGGGACUUCAGCACCGAAGCAACGUCCUCAUUCGGGUAUUUGGCGUACAAGUACGACACCAUCGGUUCCAACUAUUUGUUCUACUGGUGGAGGAAGCUCUGUCGAUAAUAACAUUAAUUGUGCUUCAUCAGUCGUUCCCACCGAGAAGAAUUCUCUACUGGACAGUUAUGCGGACAGUUUUGAUAUAAGUUUUGAUCAAUCCGAUGGUUUGAGCAGAUCUAGUGGUUCCAGUGCUAAUAAUUCAAUUGUUGCAUCGACUAGCACUUCGACUGCAUUGUCUCUUUCUCUUCAACCACCUGGCGAACUUUUGCCUCGGAUUGCAGAAGAGAAAGACUCACCCACCAGUGCUGGAUCGGAUGGUCAUAGUAUAGCUGAAAUAACCACCGAAGCUACUGUUCAGUCUAACAAGUCGAAGGUGUCAACAGUUGACAAAAACGUUCAGAGUUCAGAGGAUUCGACAAUCCCGCCGAAAACAAAUCAGAAGGCAUCGAAAAAAGUGAAAAAUUGAAAUGACUUUUGAUCCAGCACAGCUAGGACACAGGUGAACAGAUAAGAUGGUUGAUGUUCGGUAUGUAAAUUUGCAUGUUGUUUAGCGUACACGACACAAAUAUAAUAGUUUUGAAUUAACUACACAAGGUAUAUGUGGUCUGUUCUCCAUAUAAUUUCUUUUAAUUGAUAAGUUUUACGUGUCUACGUGUUCCACGUAGUUUCGUGAUAGAGAUAUAGAAACGAAAAUGUGAUUUCUUUUAGAAUAAUUCUAGGAAGUAAGUAAAUUAGAAAAGGAUUAAUCAAUGAAACUCAAACAAAUAAUUUAAAGGAAGAAAAUCUUCAUUGGCAUCAUCUUUUGGCCACAAUGUCUGAAAAAUUUUCAUUUUUUAGUUAAGUCGUUAAGACUUAUGGUAAUAAGACGAGGUACCUUUCAAAGUAUAUUUCGGCUUACUCGCAAAUUGGCGUAGAAUUUCUGUUAUUUCGACGUAAAUGAAUUUGUGUCUCAUCUCAAGACAAGAGUUCAAAAGUGACGUCAAUACUCAAGUGAUUUUCUCGUUUGCAAAGUUCGCGAUUGAUGAACAACAAUACAAUGUGCAAGGACAGUAUAACAGACAGAAUAUAAUAUCAGUAUUUAAUGAGAAUCGACUUGAAUAAAACGGCAAACGUAUUGCGAUUUAUGAUCAUUAAAUCUGUUACUUCUUUUGUUCAAAUUUAUCGCCUAGGAAGGUUUAUUGGCUGAAAUAACAUUCAGCUCGACCCAAGUACAAAAAGUGAAUUUCAAACUCAUAUUCAGAUGGUCGAAGUAUUUUUUAGUAUUCAAUUAGAUUAAAAAUGUUAGAGCGCACAGGUUACAACUACGAUUUUCUGAUAAUUUUCUGAAACUUGUGCUGCAAACCUUCUUGUUGCAAAUACUUGGUGUUCACUGGCACUAUCCGUUCUCUAACGAAAUUAAACUACAGUAAACGUGCGUACCCUAUGUACUCUUAAGAUUGAUUGAUGUAAUAUCCGGUGAGAAAAUGUAUGUCAACGCCGGUGAAAUUUGUGACUAGGGAGUAAUGGUUGAUGGAAAAAAAAAUUAAAGUUGCACGGAAAUGCAUCGCCAACGGGAAAUAGUUUUAUUAUUGCAUUCCAAAAACAAAGUGGUUCGGUUGUAAAUGGAAAGUGGAAUGUAGUUUAAUCGACUUUAAGAGCCGAACUGUAUAUGAAAGUAGGAAAUUUGAAAAGUUUCAGAGUGGUUGUUGUUUUUGCCGUUUAUUUUAAAUUUAGAAUGUCGUUGAUUCUUUGCAAAAUCUGUUAAAAGUAGCCAACGGUCUUUACUUAAAGGCUUAUUGAUAUUGUGAGAGGUACAGUGAUGAUAAAAUAGGCAUUAUGAGAUGGAUGAUCGUAGAUUUAUUUAGAUGAGAUGAAUUGCUAGAUACGAUGGACAUGAACGUUGUUCGUAAACGUAUGCACAAAUGGAAAAACACAAAUAAAUUAUUUAGUCGAUCAAGUUAAAAUGAGAAAUCAAAUUUUAAAUUUCACAUGAGGUGUCCAGAAUCUAGACAAUUGUCGAAUGUGUCUCUAAAUCUAGUUCUAGAUAAAAAUACUAUUUCUAAUGGAUUGUGCAUUUCUAGAAGUGAGAUAGCAUCAUACUUCCACUAUAAUUCUAUCAAAAUUUCUGAUACCAAUUGACUUUCGGAAUUCUUUCUGAGUCCAUCAGUUCUUUGAUCAUAUAACGGAAUAACCUGACUUUUUCUCUUUCCUUUUUCAAAAAUAACUCGUUAGUAAAUAACCGCAUAUCAGAAGCGUAAACAAAAACAACAAUUUAAAUAGUAAAACCAGCUAGUAUUUAGUAGCUCUGCAAAGGAAAAAACAAGAUGACAAAAAGUGAAUGAAACAAGAAGAA